UUGGUUUUUUUCGGUGUCGUCAGGUAUCCUUCAGAAAUACUAAUUGGACAGAUAAGAUGGAGUUUUUAACAGGAAACCCUUUUUGUACACCCGUAGGCCAGCGAAUAGAAUAUGCUACAAGUUUGCAGUCAGAAGACUGGGGACUCAAUAUGGAGAUCUGCGACAUCAUCUGUGAGACAGAAGACGGCCCUAAAGAUGCAGUCAGAGCAAUAAAAAAGAGGAUUGUGGGGAAUAAGAAUUUUAAAGAGGUCAUGCUGACAUUAACAGUUCUGGAGGCCUGUGUGAAAAACUGUGGCUACAGGUUCCAUGUCCUAGUGUCUUCCAGGGAGUUUGUUGAAGGGGUUUUGGUCCGAACUAUUUUACCUAGAAAUGAUCCUCCUUUGGUUGUUCAUGACAGAAUACUGACUAUUAUACAGGCCUGGGCUGAUGCAUUCCGUAGUUCUCCAGAUUUAACUGGUGUAGUUUGUGUGUAUGAAGAUCUCAGGAGGAAAGGAGUUAUGUUUCCCGUGGCUGAGUUGUGUAGCCCAAUACACACCCCCAACAAGCGUUUUUUUCCUGCAACUGGACAUGAGGAUCCUCUCUCACCCACACACCAAGCUCAAACCCAACAGCAGAUAUUCCCCUGGCAAAACACAGAGGGUCCCAUCACUCUAUCACCUGAUGAGGUGAAAAAGUUGACGUCUAACCUGGAAACAGUUCACGGUAACCUAAAGGUGAUGUCAAAAAUAAUGAGUCCAAUCGAUCCUGCACGCAGUCAACAGUCACAUACAGAGCUCCUGAAGGGGUUGUACUCCAUGUGUAAGGAGAUGCAGGAUCAAAUAGUUCAUCUCAUUCCCAGAGUAACUGAUGAGAAGCUGGUAGAGCAGCUGCUGGUUGCUAAUGACGACAUGAACACAACCUUCACACAAUAUCACAGUUUUGAGAAACGUCUCAACAGGCAGAAUUCUGUGCAAUCGGGUGCCAAUCUUAUUGACCUUGAAGCUCCCUGUAAACCACAAAGUCAAUCACAACUGGAAAUUCCAGUCAGUCAAACAGUCAGCAGUCUGUCUAGUCACAUGGGUCGCCUGAGCACAAAGGAGAAGGAUGUUAUUCAGACAAAUAACUACUCUUCAGGGAACCUUCAGGAUGGGGCCAGUCAGGAAAGCUCUGUAUUAGAUGAACUCGCAGCAGGAAGCAGUCAGGUACAAAAUGCUAGAGGGGAUGACAGCUCAGACUCCGCCCUCCUCGGCUCCUCACCACAAUUGUAUUGGAUGGUGGAAAAGGGAAUGAUUCCUGUCAAUCAGAGUGACGUGAUGGACAAUAUUGAGCAGUGGCUUGAUGCGGAUGAUGAUGAUGACUUGGUAGAUGAGGGUGUCACUAGCGAAGAGUUUGAUAGGUUUUUGGCUGGAAGAGCAAAAGCAGCUGAGCGUCUUCCCUCCGUGAAACCCUCACGUAAUGACCACACGCCCUCACAACCAUAGUUCUUAACAGGAGCACAACCAUCCACAGCUAAUAUCUACCAUUGACGAUCUGUAGCAUAAGGUGGAUUGGUUUGUGCCAUUAUGCUUUAUGGAAGGGGAUUUAUAUUUUAUUUAUAUGGUGCUGUAUCAUCUGUACUUCUUGCACAUUUUUAAACGAUGGGGUUAUAUCAUUGUUGUAAUCUAGUUUAUACUGGGGCUCCACCCCCCACAGGGGUACUGUGUAGUGUGUAACAUGAAUUUGAAAUUUUUCACUGACUGUGGUUUCAGGUUUGUAGCACUGAUUAAGGCAGGACAAGCAUAAAUAGCAUUGCCACCUCAGAGCUCCAGGGUCCUCGGUUCAAUCUUAAGCUCGGGUUACUGUUGGUGAGUUUCCUCCUGGUUCUCAGAUUUCCUCUCACCACCCAGAAAACAUACUGGAUUGGCUAUGCUAAAUUGCCUCAGGUGUGUAUGUGGUGCCCUGCAAUGUACUGGUGACCCAUUCAGGGUGCGUUCCUGCCUCGUGUCCAGUAUUCCUGGGAUAGGGUCCGGAUAAAACUAUUACUGAAGAUAAAUGGAUGAAUCAAUAAAUGGAUGGAUGGAUGGAUGGAUGGAUGAAUGAACAUGUCUAUGAGAAUGGCUGCCAACUAUAGUCAUUGGCAUCUGCAAAUGGUGCUCUAAAGCACAUCCAGGCUCAGUGUAGGUGGCCAUAUCUGCCAAGGAGUGUUGUGUAACAGACUGCAUGCAGUCUGGAUUAUAUUAUCGAAUACACAUGAUCAAACUAGUUACUUUUUGGUUACUUUUUGGUUACACAAAAAAGUGAAUGUCUGUUAAUCUGUAAUUUAUUGAGUGCCCAUAAACUGCAUAAUAGCUCUUAUUACAACUGAGCUAAAAUCAGAGAAAGGGUUCCCUAGAUAGCUUCUACAGUAGCUAUCUACUGCAAUGUUAAUUUAUUGUCACAUAUUGCUUUGCUAUUUAUUUUGACUCCCUAUGAACUGUUAUAUACUUUUUUUUUUUGUACUAGGCUAGUGUCUAAAUGACUUUGUGAGCCUUUUUGAUUUCACUGUACUCUUUUAUUUGCAAUACAUCUAGUAAUCUCAGCUAACUGUUGAUAGCAGAAGGCAAUGAAACUCUAAACCUAUUUAGCUAGCUUAGGUUAUAAUGUAUGCUAGUUGUUAAACACCAGACAUGUUGCAUCAGAGAGUUUGUACCCCUGUAUACCAGACUGUAACGUUUUAAGCUGAUGCCUAUUAUGUCGAUUGCUGUUUAGGUCAAAUCUGUUAACAAAGUGCAAAGUGUACAUUCUUCAGUUUAAAAAUGUACACUGUGUUCGCUUUUCUGUAAAAAUCUUUUUAAAAAAAAAGAUUUACAAAAUAAAAAUUCAGGGAGUGUUACAUAUAAGAUAAAGUUUAGAUCUCAAGAUUCUGAUAUUGAAGUCCCACUUGUGUCCACCUAUGACAAAUCUUCGACAGUUUACUAACACUUAACUAGCCAACUAGCUGGUUUGCAUAUUACAUAUUUAUUAAUAGACCCUGGACUUAUUUUGUGUAUUUUACAUUAAAGCCAUAUUAAAUAAAUUAUUUUUCAAACUAUAGGUUAUUUUAAUGGUUUAAAAGUACAUGUUCAUGAGUCCUUUAAUGUUAGUUUCGGCUAAGAAAUAAUGAGUAUGUCCUGAUGUCUCCCUUUGUUAUGAUGAUAUUGUGAGAUAUAGAACAUUAUACAAUGUUAAUAUACCAUGUAUAUCAUGUACCAUGUUACUUUUUAGAAUUUGUGGUUAUAGUUAAAAAAACAAACCAAAAAGUGGGAUGUCAGUAAGCAGUCAGUUGUAUCACAGUGAUUUUCGAUGAAACCUGUCAUUUAUUUUAUUUUAUUUUCUUCUAAUGAAAGGAGUGUUAUUUGACAUUCUCAGUACUUAAUGUUACAUUACCUAAAAAAAAGUUGAGCAGGUUUUAAUAAAUGCAUGUAGACACGUAAUAGGCAUGUACUCCUCAUUACACAGAGUUAUGUUCGAUUCAAGGCUGUCCAAAAUAAAUCCAAGAUUUCUCAGAUUAUACUACACUUCCUAAAUAAUCACUUGUAACCAGUAACACAUUUUCCCAGUAAUCUCCCCAACACUGCAGUCCUUCAGUCUUGCACUUUCAAGUGUUAUUGAAGUUAAGGUAGUUUUAAAACUUUUAACUAAUUGGUAAUUAUGGACCAAGACUCCAUAUGGGCGAAAUUUAGUCAAGCAAAGUGGAGAUGAAGAGUUCAACUGUGGUGAGUGUAUAUUUUUUUGUUGUUGUUGUAGUGAAUGGUUUAUAGUUUCGAUGGCUUGGAUUUGUACAAUGUUAUAAAAUAUUGUCUAUUACGUUAAUAAAAUAUCUGAAAAUCCCUGCACUAUUUUUCUGAGUUAGUAUAUUAUUAUAUUAAAAGCUUAGUUUUUUUCUGAUGUCUGUCCUCUUAUACAAAACUGGACAGUAAA